GCUGACAAUCGCAGCCCAUUCUAUUUUCAUUUUCUCCUGCUGCGUCCAUGUCCAUGUCCUUGUCUGUCUUGUCUUGUCUUGUCUUGUCCACAGCCAUUUCCAUUCCCAUUUCCGUUUCCCCAAAAUCUAGUGAAUUGAAAAAAAAAUUACACUUCACUACAUAAGCUUUCCCAGUUCCUCUUUCAACCAUCCUUUCUCUUUCUCUCUCUUCCCCAAUCCCCCCACACUCUUCUUCCCUACUCUUAGGACUUUGGAAGUCUUAUCAACAACAACAACAACAACACCCACACACACACACGCUCCAGCUUUCCAUCCUUUGCUUUUGAAGCAUCCCGUCUACUCUUCUCUUUUGAUUUCUCUCCAUAUUCUCAUAAUACAUCCGCAAUCAUGGCUGGCUCAACAACUGUUUCCUACACGGCGAACCUCAUGAAAUACAUGGCGCUCGACCAGAAGGGAUCUGCCAUGGCAGAGUACAUCUGGAUCGAUUCCACUGGCGGAACCCGUUCCAAGUCAAAGACUCUCACCAAGAUUCCAGAGAGUGGUCAAUUCACCCUCGAUGAUCUCCCAGAAUGGAACUUCGACGGUAGCUCGACGGGUCAAGCCCCCGGUGACAACUCAGAUGUUUACCUCCGUCCCAUCGCCAUCUUCCCAGAUCCAUUCCGUGGUGCCCCAAACAUCUUGGUCUUGACCGAGUGCUGGGAUCCUGAUGGAACCCCAAACAAGUUCAACUACCGUCAUGAGGCUGCCAAGCUCAUGGAGGCACACAAGUCCCACGAGCCAUGGUUUGGUUUGGAGCAAGAGUACACUCUCCUCGAUAUGUCCGAUAGACCUUACGGAUGGCCAACAAAUGGUUUCCCAGGUCCUCAAGGCCCAUACUACUGUGGUGUUGGUACCGGCAAGGUUUUCUGCAGAGAUAUUGUCGAGGCUCACUACAAGGCAUGCUUGAAUGCUGGCAUCAAGAUCUCCGGUACCAACGCCGAGGUUAUGCCAGCUCAGUGGGAGUUCCAAGUUGGUCCUUGCGAUGGUAUUGAAAUGGGUGACCACCUCUGGUUGGCUCGUUUCCUCCUCAACCGUGUCGCUGAGGAAUUCGGCGCCAAGAUCUCUUUCCACCCCAAGCCAAUUCCAGGUGACUGGAACGGUGCUGGUCUCCACUCCAACUUCUCAAGUGCUGAGAUGCGUGUAGAGGGAGGCAUGAAGCACAUUGAGGCUGCUAUCAAGAAGCUUGAGGGUCGCCACAAGGAGCACAUUGCAGUUUACGGAGAUGACAACGCCAUGCGUCUUACUGGUAGACAUGAGACCGGCUCCAUCGACAGUUUCACUUAUGGUGUUGCCAACCGUGGUGCAUCCAUUCGUAUUCCAAGAGAAUGUGGCGCCAAGGGUUACGGAUACUUUGAAGAUAGAAGACCCGCUUCAAAUGCCGACCCAUAUCAAAUCACUGGUAUUAUGAUGGAGACUAUUUUCGGUGGACUUGAUGGUACUGAGGUUAAGAAAUAGAUUGCUUUUCGCGUGUAACAAUGGUUGGGUGGGAGAUGGUUGAUAAUGGCUUGGCGAUAUGGUCUAUUUUCGUUGCAUUUUGAAGGUCAAAUCCUUCUCGUCGAUCUUGCUAUCGAGUUAGCAGGAUAGUUACAUUUUAGAUGGUUGACCUCACUGGGAGAGAAUGAAACUCAGAUAACA